AUGCAUCUGCAGGAAAAUACGACGGGGGAGAAUAUGGGAACUAGUAACGGACAGGAGGAUUUCAGAUCUGAGGUUUCAGCGGUCGAUUUAACAGCCACUCAGCCAGCCUCAGACCACUACGAGUCGGGCUCUCAAAGUAGUGGGAAGGAUACUGUAGAUGCAACAAUUCCGUCUGCAUGGCUAUCCAAAAUGAAGGACGAAUCUGUUGAAGAUGGAUCCGGCAAUCUGCAUUCUCCAAAAGCCCUUGUGCUUGUUGCGAACCCCUCCUAUCCACAGUGUUCCUCAGCUCCAACACCUACGGUUAACAGCGCUUCCUCUUGCACACAAUCACCGAAGAACAGUCUAGUAAAUCCUAUUUUUUCGUCAAGAAAGGAUAAGAGACGCAUAGGGAGCGUAAUGCCUCUUCCAAAUCAACCAUUUUCGCGCCUCUCCGAGGUUGAAUACUCCCCUAAACGCCUUCCUGAUCUCUCUCCGUCUGCUGGGUGCCCAUCCAAGAACUGGAAGAUUACCCACUCUGAUCGCUUAAACGCUCUCAUCGACGAAUGCGAGCGCAUUGUCGAUGGACGGAAAGUGUUUAAGUGCAAGUUUUGCGGCAAGAUGUAUGAUAUUAAGAGCAGCAUGCGCUACCACAUGAAAAUAAUUCACUUACAGCUUCAUUUGCGUACCUCGGAGAUGCAAUGUCGCAUUUGCGGAAAGCAAUUCACCUGUAUCAGCGCUGUGAAUCGCCACCAACUAAAGUGUUCGGCGAAUUCAACCUCCAAUUUCACUUCUACUAAUCCCAUCCAGUCUUCUUGUGGGUCCUCUUUUCUCGGUAAACCACGACAAUCGUCUUUGCCCACAUUUGCAAAUCAGUCUCCUUCAGCUUUCAUGAACCUUAACAACACGCCAGGGAUACGUUGGAGUGGUGUGACAAGUAGUGGACGGCAUUCAAAUCAGCCAAUCACUAGUCAGAAUCCUUUCACCUUUUCGUCUACAACUGAUACUCCUGCAUACAUUUCUUCUACUGUGACUACCCCCUAUCCUACUCAGUCCGUUCGCUCAGGAUUCGACUUAGACGGACCGCGUUUUACUGGAGGACCUGAAAUUUCUCCACACCAACUCGGCGGCUCAUCACUAGUACAUUCUGUUCAUAACCUCGUGGAAGGCAUUCCACCGCUUUCUUUCAAUGAGGUCUUCCUGGCCAGUUUGGGUCGUUCUAAUGGAUCGAAUUCUGGAGAGCGAAAGGGACCUAUUUUUGACGAUCUUCCACCACCCGGUUUCAUGGGUGCUGCCGCAGUUCACAACUUUCUCGCUUCGUCACAAUCCAAAAGAAUGCGAAAGUCGGAAAAUCCUAGUUUUGUUGAGAGUCGACUAAGUGAGAAUCUCUACGAAAGACUCUUCCCUUCACAAAGCGAAACUGCCACCGCCGCUGUAACAGCAGCAGCCGCGACAGCUGCAGCAGCUUCAGGGACAGCCAUCGAUCUCUCACUCAAUGCCUCUUGUUGA